AUGGCAGCCUCCGACGAUGAAGACGACUACAUGAACAUGACCUUUGACGAAGCAGCCGCCUCCACCAAAGCAAAAUCCCAACCAGAAACCUCAUUGCAGCGCCGCCAGCGCCUCAAACGCGAAGGCGAGAUCCGCGGCCGGCCCAAGUCCAAGGAGGAGCUCGCGGCCGAGGAGGAAGCGGCGCGCGAAAAGGCGCUCUCGCGGUCCCUCCUCGACACCGCGGCCGCCAAGAAGAGCAAGGGGUUCGCGAUGAUGGCCAAGAUGGGCUUCAAGGCGGGCAGUGCGCUGGGUGCAGGUGCCGGGGCGACAGGCGGCUCUGGUGCUGGCAACGAUGCCAGGACGGAGCCGAUUGCCGUCGAGGUCAAGGCGGACCGGGGCGGUAUCGGGAUGGAGAGCGAGAGGAAGCGCAAGUUGAGGGAGGCGGCGGAGAGGAUCGAGGAGGAGGUGAGGGAGGGGAAGAGGGUAAGGGUCGACCCGUUGGAGUACCGGGACCGGGUGAGGAUGGAGAGGGAGGCGGCGAGGGUGCAGGCGCAGGUGUUUGCGGCGCAGCGGGUUUCGGAGAGGAUGGCGGAGGAGAAGGAGGGCGAGGAGGUGGCCGAGUCGCUGGUUGUCGAAGGGGCAGCGGAGGACGGCACCAGUCAUCACGACGAGGGAGACGGCAAGAAGGACAAGACAACGACGAAAAAGACGCGAGCGGCCGGCGCGGCGUCGAGACCGCUCAAGUCGAUCAACGUCCUCUGGAGGGGUCUCGCCCGCCACCGCGAGGAAAAGGAGCGGGACCGCAGGAUGAGGUAUGAUCUGGAGCAGAGCCUGUCGCGGCUGCCGACGUACGAGGACGACGAUGAGGACGCCGACGACCGCACGGCGCUGGGCAAGAAGCAGGUUGUCUACGUCACCGCGGAGGACCUGGACGAGGAGGAUCCCGAGCUUGACGAGUUCAACGAGCUGGAAGACGCUGAGAAGCUGCGGCGGCUGGUGGAGUAUCUGAGGAGGGAGCAUCGGUACUGUUUCUGGUGCAAGUACACGUAUCCGGACGAUGAGUUGGAGGGGUGUCCUGGUGUCACGGAAGAGGAUCACGACUAA